AUGUCGGGCUCCAAUGGAAACAUCCCCAAGGACGUCACAUCCUCCAACAGCCCAGCAAUUGACAAGCAAAAGACUCUUCUAUCUGCUGAUGUUGGGCACUUCUCUCUCGUGCGGGCCAUGCACCUUGCCGACUUGAUUACUCUCAUGAACGGUGCUUGCGGUGUUAUGUCCAUCUUCUCCUCGCUACGAUACGCACUUGGCGACCCCAAGGAUUUUGACAACCUCUGGCUUGCUCUCUUCUUCCUACCUUUCGGUCUGUUCUUUGACUUUUUCGACGGCAAGGUUGCUCGGUGGAGAAAGAAGAGUAGUCUCAUGGGCCAAGAAUUGGAUUCUCUUGCUGAUUUGAUCUCCUUCGGCGUCGCUCCCGCCAUGGUCGCCUUCACUCUUGGUUUCCGUUCGCUCGCCGACACCGUUGGCCUUACCUUCUUCGUUCUGUGUGGCCUCACUCGCCUCGCCCGCUUCAAUGUUACCGUUUCGGUUCUCCCAAAGGACGCCUCUGGCAAGAGCCAGUAUUUCGAAGGAACUCCCAUUCCCACUUCGCUCGGCAUGGACGCUAUCAUGGCCUAUUGGCUCUCGCAGCGCUGGGUUCACGACAAUCUCCCCUUUGGUAUUUGGUUCCAGGGUUCGGUUUUCGAGUUCCAUCCUGCCGUAAUUCUGUUCAUGAUUCACGGUUGCCUCAUGACCAGCAAGACCAUCCGCAUACCUAAGCCUUAA